UUCGUCGCACGCGUCGUCCUCCCCGGCGUCCACUCCACUCCCUCCUUUCCCGCCCACGCCAUCUUCCUCCUCUCUUCCCCCGUUUCCAGCCCCGGUCUGGCUAAAACCCUACCUAGCACCAACCCAGUCGCCAUGGCGCCGCAGCUGCCUAUCAUACCCCCUGCCGCCUUGGACGGCGACGGCCUCCCUUCCUGGAAACCCAACCCAUUCUCCGCCGACCCUACCUUCGACAUGGGCUUCCUCAAGGCAGCCUUCGACGGCGACCUCCGCCUCGUCAAGAGUAGGCACCUCCAUACGCCGGCGAUUCUUUUUCUCCAUUUUCCGGUUCUUGUCUGUUUCCGUGCUGAUUUUGGCGCCGAUCCGUUUUACGUUUCAGAGGCGGCGAGGGUGCUGGGAAGGGGGGCGGAAGGCCGUCGCCUCGCCGAGAAGCUGGGGGCAGUGAGGGACGGCAUAGGCAUAGGCUUACUGCACAUGGCGGCCCUAGGAGGGAGCCUGCCCGUGUGCCGCUACCUGGUCGAGGACAUCCGGCUGGAUGUCGAUGAUGUAGGCCCGAUGGGCGAAACACCUUUGACCUGUGCGAUUAGCCGUCAGAAUGCGUAUUUGGUGUGUUACCUUCUCGACCAUGGUGCUGAUACAGAGAAGCUCAACAGCGAGGGGUAUACGCCUCUCCAUUUUGCCACCAAUCAAGGAUACGUUGACAUAGUAGAGCUCUUACUCUCAAAAGGAGCUAACCCUGAUGGACUAAGUCAUGGUGGGACAGCACUGCAUGUUGCUGCUAAUAAUGGGCAUGAUGAUAUUGUGAAGGUUUUGUUGGAUCACCAUGCAGAUCAUAAGAUAGCUUUGAGUGGUACUGAUUCUACAGCUCUUGUUAUUGCUACUGCCACGUGCUCACUAAAAUGUGUGAAGCUCCUGCUUGAGGCUGGUGCUGAUGUGGAUGGUAUUGGUAAAGAUACACCCUUAAUAAUUGCUGCCCUUGCUGGCUCGACUGACAUCCUUAAGUGCUUAGUUCUGGCUGGUGCAGAUGCUAAUGUUACUGACAGUUAUGGGCACACUCCUAUAGAAAUUGCUGCACGUUCUGGUAUGCGUGAACAUGUCGAAAUUCUAUUUCCCGUCACUUCUCGUAUUCCUAAAGUACGUGACUGGAGUGUUGAUGGAAUCAUUGGUAAUGUAAAAUCAGUGCCCUCAUCAAAGAAAACUAUGCUUGCUAGUGCAAAAUCUAAAGCACAUGAGGCAUUCAAGAAUGGGAAUUAUCUUAUUGCAGCAAGAAUUUAUGGAGAGGCAAUGGAGCUUGACCCUUUUAAUGCGACCUUGCGCUCAAAUAGUAGCCUAUGCUGGAUUCGCUUCGGUAAUGGGACGCAGGCCCUGAAGGAUGCUCAAGCUUGCAGGAUGAUGCGACCUGGCUGGGCCAAGGGCUGCCACCGUGAAGGAACUGCUCUGAUGCUACUGAAGGACUAUGAAAAGGCAUGUGGUGCAUUUCUUGAUGGUCUUAAGUUGGAGCCUGGGAACGUCGAGAUGGAAGACGGUUUACGGGAGGCCUUGGAGUCCAUGAAGAUAUGUGGCAAAAGGAAAAAAGGUUAGCUAGCCUAGCUGGACGCCUGGACCAGCACCGGCGAUUACUGCAAGUAGAAGUAGAUACCAGAUAUAUACUCUUGCCAGAAACUUGUGAGCAUGCACUUGAUUUGGUCCACUCACUGAAGAAACGAAGGUGCCCUGUUUGGCUGAAUUUGACAUGUAGCCGGUUAGGUUAAUUGUUAGAUGUCCUCUUGCUAAUCACCAUGAGCUAGCUGCCAGAAACGACCGGCCGGGACGCCAAACUGUUUUAAGGGCGUGAGAGGGCUGAGAAGUGCUUCAGUUUUACUGAACUAAAUCUAAAUGUUGUUAGCUUUUCCGAUUGUUCUUGCUGACCAUCUAUCGUCUGAGCCCCUCGCCGGAUCGCCUUUUGAGGGCGAUCUGCA